UGAUGUUUAACAAUACUAAACUUUAGCGCUCACAGAAGAAACAUGGAAAAUCAUGGCUGAGUGUUGCAAAGAAAUUCAAAUAUCACUCAACAUGUCACACAGAAUUGUAAAACUAAGGGAGCGCAGUAUUGAAUCAACAGAAAGCGAAGUCGGACUUGAAAAAAUCUUAUGAAGAGUCAAAAGCUAACGAUUUAGUUUAAGACGUAAUAAACAUAGUGUACAUUUUGGCAUAAAGUAAACAUCAAACUUGAACAAUACGCGGAUCUAAUUUUCAAUUCACUUUGGAAUGUACUUAAUAUGAUGAAAUAUGAUUAUUGAGGUUGAUGUUGAAAGAAAAUCAAAACAAAAAGCAAUGUAAAGAAAGCAAGAAAGACACUACUUUACUGAACAUGGAUGAAAUUAACUUACACAAAAUUGGAUUAAAGAGACAUUUCAAAGCAUUUAUACUUAAAAGGAAGCUCUACUUCCGAAAGCUGAUACUAGUUAUAGGACUUUCAGCCAUUUACAUGGUAUGGACAAAAAUCAAUCUGUGGAAAAAUGCAAAUUUAGUGAACAUGCAAGACAAAGAGCAAUAUAACUUGCAAUGGCAUAACAGGAGACGAUCUGGAUACAGAAAAAAACCAAAUAUCCUAUUAAUUGUUGCUGAUGAUCUUGGGUAUAAUGAUGUUGGAUAUCACGGAUCGGAAAUUAAAACACCAUAUAUAGACAACCUUGCUCUUUCGGGGAUAAGACUGGAAAACUACUAUGUUCAGCCCAUAUGUACACCGACACGUGGUCAACUCCUCACUGGUAGAUACCAGAUUUACACAGGCCUGAACUGGGUUUUACGCCCAGCAACUCCAUCGGGCUUGUCUCUAGUUAACCCAACGAUUGCAGAAAAACUGAGGGACUCAGGGUAUACUACACACAUGGUAGGAAAGUGGCAUGUGGGUUUCUUCAAGCCAGAAUACUUACCAACCCAUCGAGGGUUUGAUAGUUUCUUUGGGUUUCUUACUGGUCAUUCUGACUACUAUACCCACAUCACAAACCAAUUUGGGAGUUAUUUCAUGAGUGGAUUCGAUCUUCUAGAGAAUGAUCAACCGGCGAACAUGUCAAAAUACAGUGGCUAUUACUCGACCAAUUUAUUUGCUGAUAAAGUAAAAAACAUAGUGCGACAACAUUACGUUGACAAG